CGUAGUCCCUAUUUUGGGGAUUGAUGAGGGAUAAAAAAAAUCAAGGCAAUUGGAUGGGAAACGCCAAUGAUAUAGUCAUGGGACAACUAAAGUUUAGGAGGAUUUGUGUGACGACGAUUUUUGUUUGAUGAAAGAAAAAAUUAGCACCAACCAAAUUUUAUAUUAAAAAAAUAGCAAUUGUAUCGGACACGCAUCAUAACCUAAACUGUGAAGCUAAUUCAUAAUUUUUUCAUAAUCGCCGAAGUUCCUGCGAGCAACCUGCUUUCUUUAUCGGUUUGAGCGAAUGGAAUGAGAAAGUUUUACUUUCACUACAAACCACAGCUUACAAACAACGUCACAGAAAUUUGAUUUCAAUGACGCUACAACUGAUACGCGUCAUACGUAAUUCAUUUGCAAUUCGCUUUGAAAAAUAUUCACAUUUCGGUCGCCAUUGCAGAUUACGUAGCGAAUCCCGUUAUUCGGAGUGGGGGCACGGACGCGCGAGGGGGGCACGUAUCAGCGGCACUGUUGGAGUUCACUCUGUCACUCGGUCAUUACGGUAUUUCUCAACAGCGCGUCCUACAUUUACGAUAUUGAAAGAAAGAGUGACAAUGCCAGAAAACAAACAAUUUCAGCGUCUUCCAAAAAAUGUUUUACCUAAACAUUACAAUUUAGAAUUGGUUCCAAAUCUUCAAAAAUUUACAUUCACGGGGAAAACUGCAGUGAAAGUAUCGAUAUUGAGUGUAACAAAGGAAAUAGUGCUCAACUGUUUAGAUUUGGACCUUAAGAAUGUUAUUCUUCAGUACAACAAUGAAGGCCCCGAGUUUGCACUGAAACCCGUACAAGUGCAGCUUAAUGCUUCAGAAGAAACUGCUCGGCUCGUGUUUGAAAAGCCACUAACGGUGGGAGAAGCGACCCUAUUAUGCGAGUUCACUGGCGAAAUCAACGACAAGAUGAAGGGCUUGUACCGCAGCAAGUACCUGACGCCCAACGGGGAGGAGCGCUAUGCUGCCGUCACGCAGUUCGAAGCCACGGACGCGCGCCGCUGCUUCCCCUGCUGGGACGAGCCUGCCAUCAAAGCUACUUUUGAUAUAUCCUUAGAGGUACCUGCAGAUCGUGUGGCCCUGUCCAACAUGCCAGUUAAGGAAGAAAAAGUGACAGGGGAGACAAAGUAUAUAAAGUUUGAUACAACUCCUAUAAUGUCUACGUAUUUGGUGGCAGUAGUGGUAGGUGAAUAUGAUUAUGUGGAGAAAAAGUCUCGGGAUGGCGUCCUCGUGCGUGUUUACACGCCAGUCGGAAAGACCAAGCAAGGGUUGUUUGCAUUAGAAGUUGCCGCACGAGUCCUUCCAUACUACAAAGAGUAUUUUGAUAUUGCUUAUCCAUUGCCCAAAAUUGACUUGAUAGCAAUAGCAGAUUUUUCGGCUGGUGCUAUGGAGAAUUGGGGUCUUGUAACAUACAGGGAGACCUGCUUGCUAGUUGAUGAAGAGCAUACUUCAGCAGUGCGCAGGCAGUGGAUAGCAUUGGUGGUGGGCCAUGAGCUAGCCCACCAGUGGUUUGGCAACUUGGUAACUAUGGAAUGGUGGACACAUCUUUGGUUGAAUGAGGGAUAUGCUUCCUUUGUUGAGUUCUUGUGUGUGAACCACCUGUUUCCUGAAUAUGAUAUUUGGACUCAGUUUGUAACAGAGACAUACACCAGGGCAUUGGAAUUGGAUUGCCUAAAAAAUUCACAUCCUAUUGAGGUGCCAGUUGGUCAUCCAUCAGAAAUUGAUGAAAUAUUCGAUGAUAUAUCAUACAAUAAAGGUGCAUCUGUUAUCCGUAUGUUGCAUAGAUACAUUGGAGAUGAUGACUUUCGUAAAGGAAUGAAUGUUUACCUCACCAGGCAUCAGUAUAAAAAUACUUUCACUGAAGAUUUAUGGGCAGCUCUAGAAGAGGCUUCAAACAAGCCAGUGGGAGCUGUGAUGUCAACAUGGACAAAGCAGAUGGGAUUCCCCAUGGUGCAGGUGACAUCUGAACAAAGAGGCAAAGAUAGGGUACUGACAUUAACCCAACAAAAAUUCUGUGCUGAUGGAUCCCAAGCAGAUGAUACCCUUUGGAUGGUUCCUAUCACAAUCUCCACACAAGAACAGCCUUCAAAGGUGACAUUGUCUACAGUGUUGGAAAAGAGAACACAAGAGGUUGUGUUGGAGAAUGUGGGCGAGGAAUCGUGGGUGAAACUCAAUCCAGGAACUGUGGGGUACUACCGCACCCGCUACCCGGCGUCCAUGCUGUCGCAGCUGGUGACGGCGGUGCGCGACGGCUCGCUGCCGCCGCUCGACCGCCUCGGCCUGCUCGACGACUGCUUCGCGCUGGUGCAGGCGGGCCACACGCACACUGCCGAGUCCUUGAAGCUGAUGGAAGCAUUCACCAAUGAAACAAACUUCACAGUUUGGUCAUCAAUAUCAAAUUGCUUGUCAAAACUGAGUGUGUUAUUCUCGCACACGGCCCUUGACAAACCACUAAAGAAUUACGGACGACAACUUUUUGCAAACAUCACUCGCAAGCUGGGUUGGGACGCAGAGGAGAAAGAAAGCCACUUGGACACCCUACUAAGAAGUUUAGUUCUUAAUAGAAUGAUCAGUUUUGAAGAUCCAGAGACUAUUAAAGAGGCAAAGAUCCGGUUCGAGCGCCACAGUUCCGGCGCGGCGCCGCUGGCAGCAGACUUGCGGUCGGCGUGCUACCGCGCGGCGCUGUGCGACGCCGACGACGCCAUGUUUGAGCGGUUUCUGGCAUUGUACCGCGCUGCAGACCUUCACGAAGAAAAAGACCGCAUCAGCCGCGCCCUGGGAGCUGUUAAGGAUCCAGCGCUGCUCAAUCGAGUGCUCAACUUCGCUAUUUCGGAUGAAGUGCGCUCACAAGACACAGUAUUUGUGAUAGUAUCCGUAGCGGUGAGUAGAAACGGCAGGGACCUGGCGUGGCAAUUCUUCAAGGACCACUGGCAAGAGUUCAUAGACCGGUAUCAGGGCGGCCACUUACUCGCGCGGCUCGUGAAAUACACCACCGAGAACUUCGCGUCGGAGGCGGCCGCGCUCGAGGUGGAGGAGUUCUUCCGCACGCACCCGUCGCCCGGCACCGAGCGCUCGCUGCAGCAAGCGCUCGAAACCAUACGGCUGCAUGCUGCCUGGCUGCGGCGCGACCUGGCCGCCACCAGCCGCUACCUGCAGCCCUACCAUUGACGGACCAAAUGACACAAGACUGAAACUACAACGAAAUCCACAGUUAUGUUUCAAUCGGAGAAUUUACGGAGAAAUCUAGCUUUAUUUAUUUUCAAUGACAUAUGUUAAUGUAAAUUUAUGAGAGUUAUUGUAUUAUAAUUUACUUAUUUAUGCUACUUACACAACAUUAUGUUGUGUAUGCAUUUCUAUGAGACAUUUCUUAACAACAGGAGUACAUACUUGUACAGUAUGCACAUCAAAGUUACACUGUUACAUUUCAGUAAUCGUGCUCAAUUUCGCAUUUUAAAUUACAAAGGUAAUUAAUUUUAAAGUGCACGGCUAUAUUAGACAGAUAACCAGGUCGGUUUAUCUGUUAGAAAACUAGGUACAUACUAUUUUUGAUUCCAGUGUUUGCGACCGUUACGGCGCAACACACAUGAGCGACUGACCCGCUGUUGCUUCAUGUGUGUGCUGCGCUUAAAUAAUGACAUUUUUAUUGUAAUUGCUUUCAUAGCACCCUAGGUAUUUUGUAAAUGUGUAAAAAUAUUAUUUUAAUUUAUGUUAAAAAUAUUGUAAUUUGAUUUCUCAUUGGUGCUGUAAUGUUGCCCUUAUUUGGUUCUUCACAUUUUUUUCGUUUUGCUAAACACUUCCUAUUACCAGUUAUAACAUCGUGCAAAUAGACUAUUUUAAUCUUUAGGAUUAAGUUAAAGUUGGAUAGUAAUUCUGGAUUUGUCGAAGUGAGUCAGUCAAAAUUGUGAUGUGCGUCGCUUAUAAAUUGAAGUUACCAACUUUAAUAAGUUUCUCGUUUGUUGUGGUCGCUAAUUUGUUUUGUAAGACUGUGUUAUCGCAAUAAAUCGUACAAAAUUAUA